ACAUGGAUACCUAAUGAGGACCCUCCAAAAAAUCUGCGUGUACCAAAUAAGCCAGUAUUAUUAUUAAGAAAAAAUGUCAACCGUCGAUUCAGACGAUGCAUUCGAUUUUCUCUUUAAAAUAGUUUUGAUUGGGGAUGCCGGUGUGGGGAAAACUUGCAUAGUUGAACGGUUUAAGUCUGGGGUUUUCGUGGAAAGACAAGGCAGUACCAUCGGAGUCGAUUUUACGAUGAAAACCAUGGAUAUUCAAGGAAAACGAGUUAAGUUGCAGAUCUGGGACACCGCAGGGCAGGAGAGAUUCCGCACCAUCACACAGAGCUACUACCACAGCGCUAAUGGAGCCAUCAUAGCCUACGACAUCAGCAAGAAGGGCUCCUUCGCUUCCGUGCCAAGGUGGAUUGAAGACGUCAAGAAGUAUGCAGGUUCCAACAUUGUGCAGCUUUUAGUCGGUAACAAAUCGGACUUGACCGAGCGCCGGGAAGUUCAGUUUGAGGAGGCCCAGGCCCUGGCCAGCCAGUUUGACCUCUUCGAUACCGUGGAGACCUCAGCCAAGGACUGCAGCAAUGUGGAGGAGGCCUUUGCUAAAGUGGCUUCGGAGCUCAUGCUAAGGCACGGGGGCCCCAUGUUCAACGAGAACGUGACCGACAGCAUAAAGCUGAACGGCAAAGACGCGGGGGAAAGCUGGGGCUGUGGGUGUUGACAUCCACGCUGGAUGGAGACCUCCUGGGUUUUCUCCGAGGUGACUGACUGUGCAAUGGUUAAUCUCUUUUCUCCUGGGGACCAAUUUUGGAGAUAAUUAUUUGAUUCCGUAUUAGUAUUUAUUUUUCCCAGUGGCAGAUGUACAUAAGAUGGUCACACUGCUAAGCAAACAAAGAGAAACUGAACUUAAUUAAACCUAAGGCUUGUGCUGAAUAAUGUCACUAAGUGGAGGAACUGCAAUAAUAUAACUAUUUUUAAGGCCAUGAAGUUAUAUUUUCAUUGAUCACCCUUUAUCCCCUAUAGGCGAUUUUAAGAACUGGUUGGCUAUCACUUGUAACAGCUCUACAAUGCUGCCCAAUUGUUGCCUUUGAUUAGCACUAAUUCUGUGGUUAGAAGCUUACAGAACCUGAUGUAUCAUUCCAGCAGUUUGCCACCUUUUGAGUGGACUGAACCUUACUAUCACUGACCAAUACCUUUUGUGAUAUUAUUUGUAGAUUUUAAUAACAUUUCAGCUAUUUAAAUUGCAAUAUGUGUGUAUACACAGCAUUGAGAAUUAUGUAUUUUUUCUUAUCAAUAUUUUACUGUGCUGCCAUGGAAACAAAACUCAAGGUUGUAAAUAGUGUCUGGUUGCAAAAAAUAAAUAAAAAUAACCUUCUUUGGCAAGCCAUUUUUUUCUAUACAGAUUCAGCACCCUGCUUUUAAUGUAUUAAUCACGGCUGCGUUCUGAUGGGAAUUGAUUUUGUUGCUUGUUGCACAGGAGUGGCAUAUUCAUGUCUUUAAUAGUGAUAAUAAUAGAGCGGUAUGGAUGCUGUGGUUAAUACAACUCUUUGGCCUCUUCUGAAUCCAGACGAGGAUAUGCUUUUGCAGUGGGAGACGCCUAUAGGAGAGCUGAAGUAAAGAGGUAUCUAGUGUACAUUUCUUGGGAGCUUUCUAUUCACUUAGUAUAAUCUAAAGCAGUAGCAGUUAUGAUUUUCAGUGUCUCCUUCCUCUUGAUUUGAAAGAAUGGAUUUGUAUGGCUUUAUUAUAAUGAGUUUGUUGGGGGGGGGGGGGGGGGGGGUGUUAUCUGUGGUGUGCUGUAUUUCAAUUGCUUUCCUCCUAGAGGCUAGAGUAUGACUUCUGUGAUGAUGUCACGCACAUUCUUCAUUGGCCAGUCUGUAGCCAAGAAAAGGCAAUGCAUCGCCAAGCCUUGGUUGCUUAACACUUACUUGAAAGAAGCAGAAAACAGGGGAACACAAUGAUAUGUAUGCACAGAUAACAGUUAAAGCUUACAUGAAUGUUUGUAUUAUAUUAGUGUAUUAAAUAUGAUUUAUAACCAAAGAGAACUGAGAAUAACUGACUGAAGGAAAUACUAUAUGGACCUUUUUAUCUGUUCCCUGACAAAAUGUGUUUUAAAAAAAAAAAAAAAAAAAAAAACAUGAAUACAGUGGUAAUGUGCAAAAGCAAAGCUGUACUUGGGACCAGUUUAACCCAUUAAGUCCAUUGUCCUCAUUUGAGGGAAGGCUAUUUUAAUUUUUUGGAGCAUUUUUAA